AUGUGCUUCUCGAUCACUUUGGCCGGACCCGCCGAAGAGUGGUGGAAAUGGCUCAAAACGGGAUCAAUCCAGUCUUGGUCCGGAUUGCAGUCAGCUUUCCGUAAACAAUGUGUGGCCACCCAAAAUUUAGACAUUGAAGUCAAUGCGCUGGCCAACAUCAAGAAACAUCCUACUGAAACCUUUAAGAAUUACAUUCAACGCUUCACGGAAGAAGCCUCAACGACUAAGGUGGAUGAUGGACAACACCUAGUAGUUCUCCAAUCCAGAAUUAAAGGUAGAUCCACUCUUUGGGAUGACAUGCAACGCAGCAAGGCAACCACCUUUGAAGAAUUUAUAAGGAAGGCACAAGGCUUCAUCAACUGGGAAGAGGCUCGAAUCCAAGCUUUCAGAUGGCAGCCAUCACCCCAGUCGACAGCACAAACCCUUUCUGGGUACGGAGCGCAGUACGGAGUGGAACCAAUCGGGUAUAGUGCCGCUCCUGGAGGUGCCCAACCAUCCCAGACCAGAGCGGAUGAGGCGAGCUUCAACCCUUCUCAGGGAAAGAGAUCUGGCAAAGCUCAAAACCGGUUCGAACCCACAAAGAAGGGAAAUAGGGGGUACGAACCCCAGUGUAAGGAGUAUACAAACUUGGUGGAUACCGGGGAAAACAUCUACCUUGCAACAGACAACUUAGCCCAUUACCAGCAAAAGGUGAAACCAAGCCACAUGUUUAAAUGGGGAAAGAAUUCAAGGGACACUAGUAAAAGGUGUGUCUAUCACAAGGAAGUGGGCCACACGACUGAAGAAUGUCAUCAGCUGAAAGACGAGAUCAAAAAUUUGAUCAAACUGGGCCAUCUCCACCAAUGGGUCAGGAUGCCAACAAGAGUUCUGGGACUGCCAGUGACUCCUAGACAAUCUUUGGUCCAGGGUGCGUAG